CGUUGUAUAUACUUGAGUCUCAACCCCCCCUUAUUUCGCAACCUUUCCGGAGACUUACCAAUCCCAACACUUGUACCCUUCGAUGCUUACGGAGAAUUUCCUCCAGUGAGCCAAUAACCGCCAUCAUGCCUCUUUCACAUCUUACCUUGACCGUUUCCCACCUUCCAACCUCCACUUCCUUCUUCCUUUCUUGCUUACAACCGCUCGGCUAUCAAUUUAUUGGCCGCCAUGAUGACUACAUUGGUUUCGGUCAGAAGCAAGGCGAGCCCGCUGAUUUCUGGAUAACCGAACAGAAGCCAGGAGUUCCAGCCGGUGCAGCACAUGUUGCCUUCCCAGCAACCUCCAAGGAUGCAGUAGGAACCUUCUUCAUUAGUGCGCUCAAGGCCGGUGGCAAGAUCCACGGAGAGCCCAAAAUGCGCGACUCAGAGUCCGGCUACUACAGCGCCGCGGUGAUCGACUUUGACGGUAAUAGCAUUGAGGCUGUCUACCGACCCAGCAGUUCCUCGGCUAGGUCCGAGGUUAAGUCAGUAGUCAAGUCGGAGAUCAGCCGGCCAGCUCUGGCCUUGUUGGAGAACGGAUCUGUCGUCUCGAAGGCGAGCAGCAGAGCCAGCUCAGUCAAAACCGAAAGUAUUGCCCCGCCUCGAUCGGAAGCCCGGUCAGAAUCUCGGUCGUACGUGUCGAAGACAAAUACUGCCAUCGAGAGAGCGGUGCCUCUCGAGCGAGGCGCCCCGUCAAUGGUGAGUCGGGAUCAUUACCAGCCGCCGCGCGAUAUUCAGCCAGCUCCGUCGCCGACCUACAUUGUACACCACACGACACAUACAACGCAGAAGACAGACAAUGACAAAACGGCCAAGACGAUUGUUGGCACUCUCAUCGGAGCCGCAGCGGGUGCGGCCUUGGCUUAUGCCAUCGCCAAAGGCGACUCGACUGAGUCCACUGAAACCAACUCCGCGCCUUCCCAGUUUUCUCCUAGGGAUAUUGCUCAGCUCCUCUCCCCGUCCCAAGCCUCUUCUCAGACGCAAGAGUACCCCAACUUCAAGGCCAUCGAGGCAGGCCCAGCCCGGAGUACUUACUCCGUUCGGUCUGAUGGCCGGCCGAUGCUCACUCGUAGCGUGACGUCGAAGAACCCGCGUGCAAGCACUAUCUAUGAAGGAACGGAGUUUGCUCCCCGCGGCAGCGGCGGCAGCGUGUAUCUCGAUGAGAACGGGCGCCGGGCCUCGGAAGGAAGCGUUUACAGUACCCGGGACAUUCCCCUACGCGCAAUCGAGUACGGACAGCCGGACUCGCAAUCUCGGGGCUAUGAAAGCACUUUGAUCAGCAGUUUUCCCGAUAAGUCGCGGGCGAUGGAUCGGGAAAGCGUCUAUUCGGCGUCGACCAUCAAACCCUCCAAGGGCAAUCAUCAAGAAUCCCACCAUGGCUCUCACCGGUCAUCUCACUCCCACCACUCUACACCUCGCACUCUUCCGCCAGGGAGCACAGCCUCAUCCGUUCGCUCUGCACGGCAAGCCCCUAUUCCGGAGGGCUCCUCCAUCGGGUCCCUUGCUUCCUACCGUAGCGGGGCCAAAUCGGGUGUCUCGGCCCGCGAAGUGCCUCUCCCAGAGAGUGUUAUCGACCUUGAUGUUCGGAGCAACGUGACUCCUGACGAUUCGAUCAGCCAAGUGGAUGAUUCUCGGCGCUCAUCCUACUCCCACAAGUCCCAUGCCUCGAAGGCCGCUGGGUCUCGCGUCUCGAAACACUCUAGCAAAUUUGAUGAGCCUGUCAAGCCGAGUGACAGUGUGAGCCAAGUCUCCAGCAAUGUCUCCCAGCGGACUAUGAAAGCGGGCGGUGGUGGUGGAAGCAUCGCCCCUUCCAAGGCAGCGUCCAAAAUGAGCAGUCGUCGGGGCAGUAGCCAGGUUGCGUAAACGCAUCCAGCUCUUGGGCAUCCAUCUUUUACCUGUCAUCUGUCUUUUGGACCACUGUCGUUCUUUCUCUUACGAUAAUUACCUUACUGCUU